CAACUCUGGAAGAAAUCUAUCUCUUACAGAGCGGGUUAUGGGGCAACGAAAGAGGCUUGAAGAUGCAGUGGACGCCAGAACAUGCCCAGUGGCCAGAGCAGCACUUUGACAUCACUUCGACCACCCGCUCUCCCGCCCACAAGGUAGAAGCUUACCGUGGCCAUCUUCAGCGCACCUAUCAGUAUGCCUGGGCGAACGAUGACAUCUCUGCUCUCACAGCCUCAAAUCUGCUAAAGAAAUAUGCAGAAAAGUAUUCUGGAAUUUUGGAAGGGCCAGCCGAACGUCCCAUCCUGGGUAACUAUGUGGAGCCUCCAUCAGGGCUGGUGAAUGGUCGCAAAAGUGAAAGUGAGCCGUGGCAGCCUUCUUUGAACUCUGAGAGUGUUUAUCCUAUGAACUGUGUCCCAGAUGUUAUUACCGCCAGCAAAGCUGGAGUAAGUACUGCUCUCCCUCCGGCAGAUGUCUCUGCCAGUAUAGGGAGCUCCCCCGGGGUGGCUAGCAACCUGACAGAACCUAGUUAUUCAAGUAGUACAUGCGGAAGUCAUACAGUCCCUAGUCUGCAUUCAGGGCUCCCAUCUCAGGAAUAUGCCACAGGAUAUAACGGAUCGUACCUGCAUACAAGUUACAGUGGCCAGCCAGCACCUGCACUUCCUUCACCUCAUCCCUCUCCUUUGCAUAGCUCUGGGCUUUUACAGCCACCCCCUCCACCACCGCCGCCACCAUCCCUAGUGCCAGGCUACAAUGGGACAUCUAACCUUUCCAGUUAUAGCUACCCGCCAGCAAGUUAUCCCCCUCAAAGUGCUGUUGGGGCUGGCUACAGCCCAGGUGGAGCACCACCUCCUUCAGCCUAUCUGCCUUCAGGUAUCCCUGCCCCAACUCCUCUGCCCCCCACCACAGUACCUGGUUACACCUACCAGAGUCAUGGCUUAACGCCCAUCGCACCGUCAGCCCUGACCAAUAGCUCAGCAACUUCUCUCAAGAGGAAAGCUUUCUAUAUGGCAGGGCAAGGAGAAAUGGACUCCAGCUAUGGAAAUUACAACUAUGGCCAACAGAGAUCUACACAAAGCCCCAUGUACAGGAUGCCCGACAACAGCAUUUCCAAUGCCAGCAGAGGGAAUGGCUUUGACCGAAGCGUUGAAUCCUCCUCCUUGGCCUUUAAGUCAACCAAACAAAUCAUGGCUUCCGAGCAGCAAAGGAAAUUUAACCAGUCCGGUCGGGCUCUGACGCCCCCUUCCUAUAGUUCUGCUAAAAAUUCCCUUGGUUCCAGAGCAAGCGAGCCCUUUGGGAAGUAUAGCUCUCCUGUCAUGAACGAACACAGCGAAGAACACAGGCAGCUUCUUCCCCAUCCAAUGCAAGGCCCGGGACUUCGUGCAGCUACCUCAUCCAAUCACUCUGUGGACGAGCAACUUAAGAACACUGAUGCACACCUCAUGGACCUUGUGACCAAUGAGAUUAUCAGCCAAGGACCACCAGUGGACUGGAAUGACAUUGCUGGACUAGAUUUGGUGAAGGCUGUCAUUAAAGAGGAGGUUUUAUGGCCAGUAUUGAGGUCAGAUGCAUUUAACGGGCUGACUGCUCUACCUCGGAGCAUCCUCUUAUUUGGACCUCGGGGCACAGGCAAAACAUUACUGGGGAGAUGUAUAGCUACCCAACUAGGUGCCACAUUUUUCAAACUCACAGGUUCUGUUCUUGCCACAAAGUGGUUGGGGGAAGGAGAAAAAAUUGUGCACGCUUCCUUCCUGGUGGCAAGGUGCCGACAGCCCUCGGUGAUUUUUGUUAGUGACAUUGAUAUGCUCCUUUCAUCCCAAGUGAGUGAAGAGCACAGUCCAGUUUGUCGGAUGAGAACCGAGUUCCUUAUGCAGCUGGACACCGUGCUCACUUCCGCUGAGGACCAAAUAGUAGUCAUCUGCGCUACCAGUAAACCGGAAGAAAUAGACGAAUCUCUUCGAAGGUACUUCAUGAAACGACUUUUAAUCCCACUUCCUGACAGCACAGCCAGGCACCAGAUAAUAGUACAGCUGCUUUCACAGCACAAUUACUGCCUCAGCGAUAAGGAGGUUGCACUGCUAGUCCAGCGUACAGAAGGCUUUUCUGGACUCGACGUGUGUCAUUUGUGUCAGGAAGCUGUUGUGGGCCCUCUCCAUGCCAUGCCAGCCACAGACCUUUCGGCCCUUAUGCCCAGUCAGUUGAGGCCUGUUACGUACCAAGACUUCGACAAGGCUUUUUGCAAAAUACAGCCUAGCAUCUCUCCAAAGGAGCUCGAUACAUACGUCGAAUGGAACAAAAUGUUUGGUUGCAGUCAGUGACAAGCCGUCUCUCUCUUUUUUAAAAUAAUAAUAAUAAUAAUAAUAAUAGUGAAACAAAACAAAAAAAAAACAAAAAAAUGUAAUGAAUGUUGGUGCGCGCACACACAUAUGUACACACAAACCUGUUACCUAGGGCACGCAACCCCUUUUUCAGUCGUGUUGAAAUUGUGGAAGGGUACAGGGGUUGGGGGUGGGGAAAGGAUCACGUUGCAUCUAAAAUAGCCAGGUUUAGGCUUGAAGAAAUAGUGCAUCCGAGGAGAGCUGUCGAUCUGCGAAGCCACAGAUGAUGAUGAUACGAUGUUGAUGUUCCCUUCCAUUCCGUUCAGACUAGACAACACACUCUCAUCAUGGAGGGGUUGAUUUUUUUUUUUUUUUUUAGAAGGACAUGAACCCUGUGUGUUGAAUCAUUCUGCUGUUUUUGAGAUUUAGUUGCUUUCAAGUGCCUAAAGUGGUGCUUUAUUUUUUCCCCUUUUUUUCCUUUCUUUUUGUUUGCCUCACAAUUACAUUGGUGGCAUGUGCUAAUAUAAAGAGCUUUAACUUCAAAAUGUUAUGGGACUAAAGACAUGAACAGUUGUGUUGUGACAGAGAACCAGGUGUGAUAUUGGUUUAGUUUUGCUUCCCCGCUAUUAUAGCUAGUCUAAAAGCAACAGUAUUCCUCAAUCCUGUCUGUUCUGCAGUAUUAAACUAAGAACAGGUAAAACAGGGUAACGGUAAUCUGGACUUUAAUUUCCACGGUUUGUUUUGUUUAUUGUUCUGUCUGCAAAAAAAGGAAAAAAAAAGAAAAAAAACUCAGGAAAGUGAUUGUGAUUUGUACAGUACCUCAAAGGAAUGUGUUGAAAGCACUAUGUACUGCUGAGAUUUAAUAG